CUCCAUUUAAUGCUCACCAUAAAUUUAAGUUUUCAAACGAAGUCUUCUUUUUCUCUACUAUUGACAUAUGGAUAUGAUAAAUUACUACUAGAUAUGCCUCGUACUAAGCUCUCACGAAGGGCUAAGAAGUCAAGAGUCAGUGUAUACGAAAAGGGCAAUAAAUCAGAGGAAGAGAUACCUCCACCAUCGCCACCUGUGCCCGUCUCCAGCAGUAGUCCUCUAGCCGUCAAAUCAACUACCUCAGAUACUCCUUCUACCCCGGCUCUAGUUUCCAUGGAAACCAGCUCUCCCUCCGUGCACGACCUCACGGUGACGUAUGACUACAGUACAGAGGACGUUCCCCCCGGCAAUGGGAGUCACCCCACCACAGAGAGGUUCCUAGCUCUCUUCCCGUUCAACGAGUCUCCGAACACUCAUAAAGCGAGCACUGGUAAGACCACUUGUCUCUGGACUGACCUCAGUCCCACUGUUAGCACACGGUCACGCAAGACACGACACUCAGACAACUCGUCAGAUCUCCACCAGCUCAAUGUGAUUGCUCAAAAACUCAGAGAGGCUCUGACAGAACACAAGGCCACUGCACAGGAGGGAAUGACCUUUGAACCCUCACCCGAGUGCAAUACUCGACUAAAUUUCUCGGAUGAAGAAAAAGACGAUAAUUGUGAACCUGUCGAGGGCGGCAGUGAACCCUGUGACCCUAAAGAAGGCUACAAAGAGUGUGAAGAUGAUUGGUUCUGGUCGCAGGUAGCGCUACAAGUCGACACCACCACCCCUCCCGGGCGAAAAACGGCCCCACCCACUACUACAAAUUAUCGAACAUCUGACUCAAAAACUGGACAAAAUACGGGAAAGAAGUUACUAGAUUCCAGGAACAGAUUAAAUCGUCAAGCUCAGAAAAUUUGUUUAAACAAACCUUCAACAAUCAAGAAAUUUCCUUCGACCAGACCUGCCAUUGAAUUAAGGAGGAAAGCUAAAUCCCCUUCAAUCUAUCAAACUAGAUCUGUUGUUACCUCGAGGCCACAAGUACAGUCUACACCUUGUACUGAUGAUGAAUGGGGUUCCACUGGAGACAAUGAUUUCAUCGAUCAGCUGCUAACACAGGGGGUGGGAUUAGACACCCCACAGCUGCCAACGCAGGGGGCAGGAUUGAACCCCCCACAGCUCGCUGGACCACACCCCUGCAAGUUGACAAAAGUGGCAGCCCCAAAAUACUCUCAGGAAGAUAUACGCAGGAAAAGAGCUCUAGCUAAACAGAAACUCUAUACCUCCAAACUGAACAAGCGUUGA